UCACCUUGUCACAUACAACUGCGCACCAUGCGUCGACGUUCCUUCUCUUGUUCGCUCGUCGCCUUCCAAGCUUUAUGUCCCUGCAUUCUCUCCCAGCAGCUCGUGUAGCCGCGUCCUUUCUUUACUUCUCAAAAUGUCGAAGACCGUCGCUUAUCAUGCGCGCCUUCACUACAGUCUUUGCGACAUUUAUUCUCCCCUGCAUGGUGCUUGGACAGCUGGCCAAUAGCGACGGCUAUGCUGGCUACAAGCUCAACGUCCGUGAGGACGGCGAUCCUCUUGCUGUCUUGUACGAGACCGAGAACGCAACACCAAACGUCUCCGCCUUACCGUGGUCGUGCGCCCGAUGAGCCAGUUCAGCCGAUGAGCCACCCCAACGAGAUAUUAACAAUAGAAAAAUGAAGCUGUAGAGCCACACCUAAAAGAUGUUAUUGCGAGAAAUGUUAACAUGUUUUACA